GACUGUUUUUAUUACGUCAUUACAAUCCAGGAAGAGGUGAAUCUGCAACAACCCAGACAUUCAAAAUAAGGGGGGGGUGCAAUUAAGCCUUUGGAGGUUCUUCCAGUCAGACGCGAAUAUCUAGUAAUACACAUUUCUUAUUUGCCGAUGUCGUGCAUAGUUACCAUUGUGGACAUAGUCUUAUCAUAUUAAUCAUAUCAGCGUUGUUCAUCCUGUAGAUGCUAGCUUACUUGUCUUUAGCUAGUUGACUGGCUAACGGGUUAGGUUGUUCAUUUAUACCUCGCGUAAAUAAUAAUAUACUGUACCUAGCUGGCUAUGCUAACCUAGAAAUAUACAUAUCAAAUGUUAACACAUACCUAACUUCAAACUAAAUCAUGUGAAGUGAACGUACGAAUAAAUUAAUCAAUGGAAAAAAGCAGUGAACAUCGGAAGGCAGUGCAUUCAAUCCCUUCUUACCUGACAGUACUGUAGCGGUUUGACGAUUUGACCAAAGCUCUCGCCAGUCAACAUGCCACUGCUGUUUUCCGAGAGAUUUCCAUGGCCCAGUUUGCAGAUAUACACAGCUUUAAGUGCCGCAUUGCUCACUGGAACCAUCUUGAGUGGCUACUCAACUGUCAAAGAGCUGGACUACACACAUAUGCAGAGCAGUACUCCUGUAGAAAGUGAUGAUGAUGAUCAGUAUACCAGCCUUGGAGAUGUAGCUGCCACUGUCCUGUUGUACCUGGUUUCAGACACUGUUUUUGUUUGGGUGAUGGUGAAUACUGCCUGCUGUGUCCUGAUGCUGGUUGCAAAGGCCAUCCAGUGAAUUGUCUUUGGCCCACUCCGUGUCAGUGAAAAACAGCGCCUGAAGGACAAGUUCUGGAACUUCAUCUUCUACAAAUUCCUUUUUAUCUUUGGGGUGCUGAACGUUCAGACGGUGGAAGAGGUGGUCAUGUGGUGUCUGUGGUUUGCCGUGCUCGUCUUCCUGCACCUUAUGGUUCAGCUCUGCAAGGACCGCUUUGAAUAUCUGUCCUCCUCCACGUCCACAACUAUGGGCAGCCACAUGAGGGUUCUGGCCCUGUUGGUGGGGCUGCUGUUGCUCUGCUGCGGCCUGGCUCUGCUCUGUGGCCUGCUGGAGCCCCUGCAUGGCAUUCACACCGUGUCCUUCAUGGCCUCAGUGUGUGUGCUGGUUUCUGUUAGAUCUGGACAUGUCAUUAUCAGGUUAUCUAUUCACCUGUGGGACCUGAACCGUGAGGCCACCUGGGAAAGUAAGGGGUCUUACGUCUACUACACUGAUUUUGUGAUGGAGCUGGCUCUGCUGGGGCUGGACCUCAUGCACCACAUCCACAUGCUAGUGUUUGGGAACAGCCUGGUCAUCUUCAUGCAGCUACGUUACCUUUUCCAUGAGGUCCAGAAGAGAAACAGUCGCCACAAGAACUACCUCUGCGUCAUUGAUAAAAUGGAGGCCAGGUUUCCUAUGGCCAUCUCUGAUGAGCUGGUAGCCAACAAUGACGACUGUGCUAUCUGCUGGGACACCAUGACGACGGCACGCAAGCUGCCUUGUGGACAUCUCUUCCACAGCUCCUGCCUGCGCUCCUGGUGGGAGCAGGACACGUCGUGUCCCACGUGCCGCAUGUCUCUGAACAAGACGGAGGGGGUGGGGGAGGACAGCGAGCCCCUACUGGAGGACAACCUGGAUCCUGGAAGUGGCAGGCCUGAGACUCAUCCACACGUCAACCAGCACAACCACUUCUUCCGCUUUGACGGUUCUCGCAUUGCAAGCUGGCUGCCCGGUUUCUCAGUGGAAAUCACGCACACGAUCAACGUCCUGGGGGUCGUCCCACAGGUCAACAACUCCCAGCUCAAUGCCAUGGCCCAUCAGAUCGGGGAGAUGUUUCCUCAGGUUCCCUACCAGCUGUUGCUGCAGGACCUGCAACUAACGCGCUCCGUAGAGGCCACCACAGACAACGUCCUGGAGGGACGCAUUGCUGUGCUUUUCCCCCACACAGGUCUGCUGUGCUGCUCUUCCUCUCCCGUCCAGCUUGUGGAUAACUCCGUCUCCCAGGUCAGCCCCUCCCCGGCAGAUGUGGGCACGGCUAGCGGGCGUAUAGAGGUUGUUACCCCGGGGGUAUCGGACUUUGAGGUCAGGGGAAGCGGCUUCUCCAGGUCGGCCGAGGAGAGACAGAAGAUGCUGCUGCAGAGGAGAGAUGAGCUAUUGCUCCGCGCACGCAGGAGAUAUCCGUGCAGGAGCCCAGAGCAAGCCGCUGCUGCCAUGAAUGAGGAGGGUGUCGAUGAGGCGUGGCCUCCCUGGCGGAUAACGUCCCAACCGGUUUAG